AUAUAUUUGUUAGUAUGUUUAGCCCCGUCCCUCAGCAGUUAGACAACAACCUUCAUCAUCAUGGCGUCGGCGGCUGUAUCAAGUCACUCUACAAUGAAUUCCUCUCACUUGACUUCGUUAACACCCGAUUGGAUGAAUAGUGAACUCUUGACGGGGACUUCCAUCAUGGCUACAGAAUUUGAUGGCGGUGUUGUUGUUGGUGCUGAUUCCCGUACAUCCAUGGGCACGUAUGUUUCUAAUCGUGUGACUGACAAGUUGACACGGGUAACAGACAGAAUUUAUUGCUGUCGCUCUGGUUCGGCUGCAGAUACUCAAGCUAUUGCUGAUGUUGUUUCAUCACACAUGGAAAUCCUGGAGGUAAAGCUAGGAGAACCCCCUCUGGUUCAGAUAGCAGCUAAUACAUUCAAAGAGAUCUGUUACAACUACCGAGACAUGCUGAUGGCUGGGAUUAUAGUGGCUGGUUGGGACAAAUCUAAGGGAGGUCAGGUGUACACAAUACCUUUAGGAGGUAUGAUGGUCCGUCAGCCAGUGGCAAUUGGAGGUUCAGGCAGCACUUACGUGUGGGGUCAUAUUGAUGCAACUUACAAGCCCAACAUGAACAUGGAAGAGACAGUUGAAUUUGUCAAAAAUACUCUCACCCUGGCCUUGACACGUGAUGGGAGUAGUGGAGGUGUAGUACGUGUGGCGGUCAUCACAAAGGACGGAGUAGAUCGGCGUGUAUAUCUUCAUAAUGAACUGCCAGAGUUUUAUCAGGGAUAGUGAACAGCAUACACAAUAGGCUGUCAUUGGCUUAAAUUUAUUGUUUUUUGAGGAAGUUUUUUAUAACACUGAAAUAGUAGAUGAGGGAGGCAUUGUUUUUGUUUCACAUUAGCAGAAAUUACUUCCAAUAAAUCUGUAUUUAAAUAUUUGGUUCUCUUCUCGACCUAUAUCAGAUACUGUGCUGUACUUAGUUUUGUUUUACAGUAUUAUGGCUAACCAGCAUUUCAUAAUUCCAGUAGAAAUGAGUACAUACAAGGCUUUAUAAAGUGGUUUAAUUAACUUCUUAUGAGCAGAUAUUGUGUAUUUGUUUGUUUGAACUAAUGUUAACACCUUCGGAGGUACAUUUAGAAAGGGUAAUUAAAGGAAUAUUUCUUUUGUUAGAAUUGUGUGAACCUUUUCAAAGUGACAAUACAGAUUGUUAAUUUUUAUAUUUUUUAUCUUUAAGUGCUUUAUAUCUUUUACAAUAUCCAACUCCUGCAUUUCAAUGUUGCUACCCAUGUUGAUAUUUGACUUACAUCUUAUUUUUUAUAAUAUUUACUGCCUGGCAACUUGAUGGUGUUUUCUGGAGAAAUGCAGUAGUGGUUAAAUUAGUCAUGACUGGAACAUAUUGUCUUCAAGUUUUCUCAACUCUGGUUAUCAGUCAUAGCUACUACUACUACUACUACAUAUUUUCAUUGCAGUAACCCUUACAUACAAUUCAGAUUAGUACAGGGUAUGAAUAUAUGUUGUAUUCUAUGGUAAUAACAGACACAAAAGUUACUCGGUUGAAUUAGAAUACAUUAAUAUGUUGGAAUAAACUAUGAUAUUGUAAGGGGUUGGAGCAUUUGUUGAUACACAUGUAUAAAUUACUUUACUUUUGUCACUUUGUAUAAAGGGUUUAAAAAAUUCACAUCAGAUUUUGGUUUUACCAAACCUUCAGAGUGGGUGUUUAGCCAGCCUAGACUACUGAAAAACUUAAUCAUACACCUCACUGUCAGUAAUAACACAAACAUUCAAAUAAAAAUUAAUCAGCAGUGUUUAUGUGCACUGCAGGUCAGUUAAAUAGCUUUUCUGAGAUAACAGGAUGUGGAGUGGUCAAUAAUUAUAAUUCAUUAAAAUAAUAA